CCGCGGCCUCGAAGGAUGCUGUCCGGGAAGAAGGCGGCGGCCGCGGCGGCGGCGGCGGCGGCGGCGGCGGCGGCGGCGGCCGAGGCGGGUCCCGGGGCGCCGGGCGGCGGCGGCGUCGAGAACGGGUCUGAGGGGGCGGCGGCGGCGGCGGCGGCGGGGCUGUCGGGCGCGGCGGACGGCGGGCCCGGGGCGGAGCGGACCCCCCGCAAGAAGGAGGCUUCGCGGGCCUCCCCGCCGGGCCCGCCCUCCGACCCCCCGGGCCCCGCCGCGCCCCCGCCGCCGCCGCCGCCGCCGCCGCCGCCGGGGCCCAACGCCCCCAACGCCCCCAACGCCCCCGCCCCCGCGCCCGUCGACACCGGCAUCGCCGAGACCCCCGAGGGACGGAGGACCAGCCGCCGGAAGAGGGCCAAGGUGGAAUAUCGGGAGAUGGACGAGAGCCUGGCCAACCUCUCAGAAGACGAGUACUACUCAGAGGAGGAGAGAAACGCCAAAGCGGAGAAGGAGAAGAAGCUCCCCCCGCCCCCUCCGCAGGCUCCCCCCGAGGAGGAGAACGAGAGUGAAUCGGAGGAACCGUCGGGGCAAGCAGGAGGACUUCACGACGACAGUUCUGGAGGGUAUGGAGACGGCCAAGCGUCAGGUGUGGAGGGAGCAGCCUUCCAGAGCAGGCUCCCCCAUGACCGGAUGACAUCUCAAGAGGCCGCAUGCUUCCCGGACAUCAUCAGCGGCCCCCAGCAGACCCAGAAGGUUUUCCUGUUCAUCCGGAACCGCACGCUGCAGCUCUGGCUGGACAACCCCAAGAUCCAGCUGACAUUCGAGGCCACUCUGCAGCAGUUGGAGGCACCGUACAACAGUGACACGAUGCUGGUCCACCGCGUCCACAGCUACCUGGAACGCCAUGGGCUCAUCAACUUUGGCAUCUACAAGAGGGUGAAGCCCCUUCCGACAAAGAAAACGGGGAAGGUGAUCAUCAUCGGUUCUGGGGUCUCAGGACUGGCAGCGGCACGCCAGCUGCAGAGCUUUGGCAUGGACGUCACUCUGCUGGAAGCCAGGGAUCGCGUAGGUGGGAGAGUUGCCACCUUUCGCAAAGGAAACUACGUCGCCGACCUGGGAGCCAUGGUGGUCACUGGCCUCGGUGGGAACCCGAUGGCCGUGGUGAGCAAGCAGGUGAACAUGGAGCUGGCCAAGAUUAAGCAGAAAUGCCCCCUGUAUGAGGCCAACGGGCAAGCUUCCAAAGCUGCGGCCGUGUUGGGGCACCCCACCUCGAAACCCCAAACCUUGGAAGACUCCCGCUUUGCCCUGGUGGGCAGCACCAGUCAGCAGGUGCCGAAGGAGAAGGACGAGAUGGUCGAGCAGGAGUUCAACCGGCUGCUGGAAGCCACAUCCUACCUCAGCCACCAGCUGGACUUCAACGUCCUCAACAACAAGCCCGUGUCCCUGGGCCAGGCCCUGGAGGUGGUCAUACAAUUGCAGGAGAAACACGUGAAGGAUGAGCAGAUUGAACAUUGGAAGAAGAUCGUGAAGACCCAGGAGGAGCUGAAAGAGCUUCUCAACAAGAUGGUGAAUCUGAAAGAGAAGAUCAGGGAGCUCCACCAGCAGUACAAGGAGGCCUCGGAGGUGAAGCCCCCCCGCGACAUCACGGCCGAGUUCCUGGUGAAGAGCAAACACCGAGACCUGACCGCCCUCUGCAAGGAGUACGACGAGCUGGCGGAGACCCAGGCCAAGCUGGAAGAGAAGCUCCAGGAACUGGAGGCCAACCCCCCGAGCGACGUGUACCUGUCGUCACGGGACCGACAGAUCCUCGACUGGCACUUUGCCAACCUGGAGUUCGCCAACGCCACUCCCCUGUCGACACUGUCACUGAAGCACUGGGACCAGGACGACGACUUCGAAUUCACGGGCAGCCACCUGACCGUGCGGAACGGCUACUCCUGCGUGCCGGUGGCCCUGGCCGAGGGGCUGGACAUCAAGUUGAACACGGCCGUGCGGCAGGUCCGCUACACGGCUUCCGGAUGCGAGGUCAUCGCCGUCAAUACGCGUUCCACCAGCCAGACCUUCAUCUACAAGUGUGACGCGGUGCUGUGCACCCUGCCCCUGGGCGUGCUGAAGCAGCAGCCGCCGGCCGUGCAGUUCGUGCCCCCGCUACCCGAGUGGAAGACCUCGGCCGUCCAGAGGAUGGGCUUCGGUAACCUCAACAAGGUGGUACUGUGCUUCGACCGCGUGUUCUGGGACCCCAGCGUCAAUCUGUUCGGCCACGUGGGCAGCACCACGGCCAGCCGGGGGGAGCUCUUCCUCUUCUGGAACCUGUACAAAGCACCGAUCCUCCUGGCCUUGGUGGCCGGGGAAGCCGCGGGCAUCAUGGAGAACAUCAGCGACGACGUCAUCGUCGGUCGCUGCCUGGCCAUCCUCAAGGGCAUCUUUGGCAGCAGCGCCGUGCCCCAGCCCAAGGAGACGGUGGUGUCGCGCUGGCGGGCCGACCCCUGGGCCCGGGGAUCCUACUCCUACGUGGCCGCGGGCUCCUCGGGGAACGACUACGACCUGAUGGCCCAGCCCAUCACGCCAGGACCCGCCAUCCCCGGGGCCCCCCAGCCCAUCCCCCGCCUGUUCUUCGCCGGAGAGCACACGAUCCGUAACUACCCGGCCACCGUGCACGGGGCGCUGCUGAGCGGGCUGAGGGAGGCCGGCCGCAUCGCCGACCAGUUCCUCGGCGCCAUGUACACCCUCCCGCGCCAGCAGUCGGCCGGGGCCCCCGCCCAGCAGUCUCCCAGCCUGUGAGCACGGCCGGCGCGGGGCGGAGACGUCCCCCCACGGGGGGCCGAGGCGGGCGGCCGGAGGGCCGGGACGGCCGGGAGGGGAGGGGGCGGGCCGGGUCCCCGGCGACGGGAAGCGGGAGGCCCGGCCCCGGUCCGUUUGCCCGGGGUCGGCGGAAGGAGUCGCGAAGGUCGGCGUCGUUUGGUGUGAUGAUGUUUUUCUACGCUUGGAAAAGUAAAGGUUCCUAUGAAA